CACCAUAUCAGCACUUGUGAUGACCCUUCCUGUGACAUUGGACAGUCUCAGUCAACACUGGCACGCAUCCUGAAAAGACAUCAGGUUCAAAUGAAACAACUUUAUCAAGUGUCUUUUGAGCGGAAUUCAGAGAGGGUCAAACGGCUGCGACAUGGUUAUGUGGAGCUUUUUAUUGUUCACUUUAGCACUGUGAUGUUGCACAGUCCACACAUUACUUUUUUACAUUGACUGUAAUGUACUAGACCCAUCCUUAACAACACAAUGUUGUCUUUCACUGUAUUUCAGAGAGUUUUGCAUAUGGAAUCUGAAGAUAUUCUUCAUGGAUUCAUAUAUAUUGAUGAAGCAGGGUUCAACCUCACAAAAGCAAGAAGGAAAUCAAUGUCCCAGGGCAACGUGGGGGUAACAUCACCCUUUGCGCUGCCAUUUCACAGCAUGGGGUUCUCCUCCGUCAUGCCAAAAUGGGCCCUUACACACCUCACAUUCUUGCAUUUUUUGGACCGAUUGCACCACAUCGCCACAGCAGGUAAAAACAACAUACGCGAAUCACGCCCGGUAAAGUGAGUUGCGCUCGCGUCACGUGCGGUGGGUAACGGGAAUCAUCGUCUCGUGCUGUGGCUCUCAGUCGGUUACGGUCAGUCUGACGCGCGCGUUUGCUCGUUCGCAUCAGUGUGUGUGUGUGUGUGUGUGUGUGUGUGUGUCGGUCGGUAGGAAUGGACGCGUCGGAGCGGCGGUGAGCGGCAGCGGAUCCGUUAUGCGGCGUUGGGAGACUUUACUGCUCAUCAUCCUGACGGCGGGUGUGAGUGCGGCGGGGCUGCAGAUUCAGUGUUAUCAGUGUGAAGAUGUUCGGCAGGACGACUGCUCGUCUCCAGAGUUUAUUGUCAACUGUACAGUGAAUGUUCAGGACAUGUGUCAGAAAGAAGUGCUGGUGAUGGAGGACGGAAUUCACUACAGGAAGUCGUGUGCGUCGUCGGGGGCGUGUCUGAUCGCAUCAUCUGGAUAUCAGCAGUUCUGUACAGGGAAGGUGAACUCCGUCUGCAUCACCUGCUGUAACACACCGCUGUGCAACGGCCCGCGACACAAACGCAGAGCGCUGUCAUGCGCCUUCUCUCAACACUCCAGCAUUCCCACAAUCCUUCUGCUGGCCUUCUUCAUUCACUUCUGCCUCUUCUCCUGCUCACACUGACACACAUUUACCCGGCUGGCUGUCUCUCUCUCUCUCUCUCUCUCUCAGUUCAUCUCUGUACCGUCACACAGGGUCCAAACUGAACAUGCCACUCAUUGACGUCAGACUCACAGGUCGGCCAGUCAAUUUUAUAACACAGAAUUUGAUGAAUCCGAGACGAAUCAAAUAUCUACUUUAGUCAGUUUUAUUUAUAAAUGUCUGUUGAAAAACAAAGCUUUAAUAUACAUGUGUCACGGAUGUUAACAGGGCCGGGGGUUAGUAGUGUGUUAGUAACCUACAUAAGAAAAUCAUUAUUUUACCAAAGAUGAGAAAUUGACCCUCACAAGUACAGUAGUUUAUGACAUAAGUUAGUUAACGCGCAUCUUCAUGAUUUUGUGACACAGACGGAUGAAAUGUUGAUACCUUGUGCGACACACAGUAGUGUCACAUAAUACUCUAUAUAUGUGUGCAUUUUAAUCAAACAAUAUACAGUUGGCAGGUGUUAGAUUUGGACAUGUGUCCAAUGUAAACAGUGUUUCUCUGGUAGUACUCAAGACCGGUCUUAAGAUCGCGGUCUUGCCUUGUCUUGUUCUCAGACGAAGAGGUUUCAGGACCACAACACAACCCCAUCUGAUAUAUUCGUUAACACCAUUGAUGCGAUUGGAUCUAGAGGUUUCUGCGUCUAAUUCAUUCAAUCAUUUUCUCGAUUCAAAUGUGAUUUAUUUUGCUAUUUCUGUGCAGGGACAGUAAUGAACUGGGUAUGUUUGAAAAUGUCAACAAAUUAAUACAAUUACACACAAAAUCUGAUAUAAUUGCAAAAAGUACUUGUGUUAUUAUAACAUGUGUGAUUUACACUAAUAUGAGCAUGAUGUGAUUCUAUCCAAACGUUCUCUAAACCAGAAGUUCAUGUUGAGUGACUGAAGUUUCAUACACAAGUUUUGCUCUUUUUCUACGGAUUAAUUGGUUUCUAGAAGAAAACAAACACAACCCUUGGUGAAUUUCCUACACAUGUGCAGUUAGGUUAUUAUUUUAGACUUGUUAAGGUUAUAUGGAUAUUUCUGAAGUAGAAGUUAGGCCGUGUUCUUGACUUGGUCUCAGUUUAGCUGGUCUUGACUAGUAAAUAAUGAUAGGAUCUUCUGCUGGGCCGGAGGAGUCUUUCUGCACAACCUGUCUUCUUUAUCUACUCUUGCAGAUUGAUUUACCGCGGCACACGUGUGAAUUAUUUGCUUAAAUUGAAUUACAUUAGUGUACAGAAUAAAAAAACAUCAAAUAGACAUCACAGAAAGUGCUUUCAGAAGUCAUUAUACUGUUUGUUUUGUAUUUCUGUGUCACCAAUCAUAAGCCUGUUUGAUUGUUCAAUCUGAAUAUAGAAAUCCAAUAAUAUUAUCUAUAACCAUUUAUGACUUUAUCCAUGUACACAAUUGAAAGAGAAUGAGAUUUCUUAACUGUGAACAUCAAACACGCGAGAAGCCGAAAGUUUAAUGUGUAGAGUUCAUUACAUGUCUUUCACAUCAUCAAAUCCAGAACUCUAUACUGACAUUACAGUUAAACAUCACAAAUCACUGUGCUUGUCUCACAGUAUGCCUGAAGAUUACAUUGACAUCUAUAGAUAUUUUAUGACAAUUAAUCUAUUAAAUAUACAAAAAAAGCACCAAAAAGGGUUUUACAACAACAGAAACUGUAAUGAAUAAGUUGCUAGUGUAAGAUGAAAGUAUAUAUAACUUUUAAUGAAAUUGUUUGGAAUUUUAUCUAUUUGUAUUAUUAUUUUAUCUUUAUUGUUAUGAAAUCAAAAAAUGAUGAUGAUACUUUCUUUGGAUAAAAGCGUCUGCCAAAUGCCUAAAAAAAAAAAAUAUAUUGUAUUGUAUUUUGUUAUAUUAUAUUAUAUUAUAUUGUUUUAUUUUCUAUCCUUAUCUAUUCUAGUUUUAAAUACUGCUUGCUGCCCCCUUUAAGGAAUGUGACUGCGUCUUUUUUAUUGAAACUUGCUCAGAAAAUGCAGAAGAUAAACAGAAAAGAUCAAAUAAAACAGCCAAGGGGGUUCAAGAUGACCAAACAGUGCAAAAAAGUAAAUACGUAUAUAAAUAAAAUAUAACAUAAAAAGGAAACACAACCGCAGCAAGGAGAAAAUAUGAAUAAAGAAAUAACUAUAGUUAACCACCCCACAAUGACAUGAAAUAGUCAUAUUAAAUAAAAGGAUAUAAAAACACAAAACAUUUGCAUACAUUCAAGUUUUAGUAGCCCUAUGUGUUACAAGAGGUUAAAGUAUUUGUGAAAUAUUUCACAAGUAAAAUAUUUAAGUUAUAAAAAAGUAUUUUUAUAUGGCUUAUCAAAAAACUCAAGAAAGAUCCUUAAAGUAAAGCUUCUAGAUUUUUUCAAGGCAUUUGAUACGCUUGAACAUGCUUUUUUGUUAAAGUCAUUAGAAAUGUUUGGUUUCGGACGGUGGUUUCGUAAACUAACUUCCAUGUUUUAUAAUGAUAUUUCCAGUACAAUUCCUCUAAACUUAGGUCCGUCACCCAGAGUUCAAAUAAAUGAGGACUCCGAAUGCCCUAUUUCACCUUUACUUUAUUAGCAGUGGAAUUAAUGUUUUAAGACAGUAUCGGUAUUGAUAGUCUUGGUAAGACUUUUUACCAUCACUCAAUUUGCAGCUGACACAUUUCUGAGGAAUAAAGAGAUGCUUCCUUUUGUUGUUGACAAAUGUCUACCUUCUCUAAGGCAUCAGGACUGACUUUAAAUAAAUAAAAAUGUGAGAUGGCUAUCCAAAACUGUGCUUUAAAAGAAGUGGAAGGUAUCCCAAUAAUUCUACUGAAGUUGGGAAAUGUUCAGAAACAAGCAUUGCUGUUUUGGAAAAUGAUAUUUAAAACCCUUCUCGUGAUAACUCUACUCUUUGGAAUAACAGGGCUGAGCUUAUUAAUUGGAAGUCUCUAUUUCAAGAAGCUGGGCUAUCGUCUUUAUUCUCAAUAUAUUAGAUGCAAAUGGAAACUUUUUUAUCUUACAACGAUUUUAUUAACCAAUUUAAAGUUAGAAUUACAUUCAAAGGAUAUGAAGAGGAUAUGUAAAGCUGUACCUCUAGUUUGUUAAGGAUAAAACAAGGUCUUUUUUUUAUUCUUUAGUUAGACCCUGUUUAGCUUUGCCCCUUUGAGAAUGUUGACCUUCUGGAUAGUAAAUGCAAUAAUAAACUCAUUUAUACAGAAUAUAAACAUGUCAUACUGGCGAAUAUAAUUGUUAUUUUUUUGAAGGUGUGGAAAACUCAGUUCGAGAGAAUGCUUUUUAUUUUUAUUUAGCAUAUAACCUGUGACUCCAAAAGUAAAAGAGACUCAUGUUUUGGGAUUUACCCUGUAGGAGAUCUUUUUAUGAAAUGGAUCCUUGUGGUUUUUGUCUUUCAUAUCCAGAUACCAUUGACCAUCUUUUCUUUUAUAUUUACAUUUACAUGUAUUCAUUUAGCAGAUGCUUUUAUCCGAAGUGACUUACUGAGAGUUCAUGUAGCAAUAAGUGAUUUAUCAUACAGUGGCAAUAAUACAACAAGUGCUGAUACAAAGUUACUGGUUUCGACAAAAGCUAGAACAAUACCUGUUGAGAGAAAGAGAGAUUGAUGGUAUAGUUUUCUUUUGUUUCUUUCUCACAAGUCUGUCAAGUAUCCACACAAGAUAUGGGUUUAAGUAGUUCUUUGAAUGUUGUGAGAGAUGUGGUUGACUGAACCUUUUAUUGUGAUGUUACUUAAAAAAAUUGGCAUGAUAUAAUGUAUAUAGUUUGUCAUUAAUAAAAUUUGAGAAAAUUGCAGGAUAAUCUGUUUCUCAAGGGGGAUCUAUUUUUGAUUUCGUAAACUUGAUUUAAUUGUUGGACAAAUAUUAUCUUAACAUAUGUGGAGAAAAUGUAUACCACCAUUUCAUUUAUUUCUAUGUGAUUUUAGGAAAUUGUUUAAGAUCUUUGAUUGUUUAAAGAAACCAAAGUUUAUGUGCCCCUCUCUCUCUAAAUGUGGUUAUUUUAGUGUAUUAUUGUUUCUUCCAGUAAGCUGUUUGUCUAAAAUCCUAUUCCUCUAAAUUAUUUUAUAAUUUUACUGAACUUCAAAAACAUACAAGAGGACAUGUUCACAUACAGGUAAAACCUAAGUAAACAUUUCCAUAUGCAAAGUUUAC